UUUAUCAAGGCCAAAACAACACGUUGACAUGUGAGAAAAUCAUAUAAAAGGUGAAAUUAUUCAAAUAGAAAAUUAUAUUUAAAUUUAAUUUUCAUUCGAAUCAGUGAAUGUAUUCAUCAAUUAAAAUUUAAAUUGUUAAUCACGAGAAAAUGAUGAGUUUUAAUCCACUUUUUGUCGUUAAUUUUUUUUGGUUCAUCACCAUUUUCCUUGGCCUCCUGUCAUCUUUAUCCAACCAGAAUCCUGUUUCUGGUUAUGGUCAAGGUUCUGGUGCUGGUGCUAAAGCUUCCACUUCACCUGUCACAAACACUGUUUCAAGACUUUCGUCAGCCGAUGCUACUUCAAGGAUCUCUUCAGCUGUACAAAACAUCAUAUCAAAUGGUGGAGUUAAUAAAAACAAUCUUUCCAGCGUUAUCAGUAACAUUGGUUCGAUGGUUUCUGUAUCUAAUCCUGGUUUGAUAGGAGAUGAAGUCUUGGUUCAAACCUUAUUGGAAGUAGUCAGUGCGCUGGUUCACGUAUUAAGUAGCUCAUCCAUCGAAAGUGUAGAUGCAGUGGGCCAAUCUUCAAGCUCUGCAACUGGCAUUAAAAAUGGCAUAAAAGGAAAAUAAUGUACUGGUGUUUCCCAAUUUAUUCAUCUCUGUUUUAAUCAGUUAAAAUUCUAAGUGUUAAAUAAAACAAUUUUUUGACAAAAGUCAAUCACAAUUAAAGGUCUAACUGAUAAUUAACUAAUCAAAUGUAUCAUUAAAAUAACCAAAUCAAAAAUCA